AUGCCAAAUGGGAGGCAAUAACUGGCCAGAUUCAGGAAGCUGUGGGAGCCUAUGAGCCGUGUGUAAAGGAGAAUUGCAGCUGCCACCAAAGUGUCUGGAAGCAGGACCUGGCUCCUUUUCAAGGUGGAAUUUCUAAGGAGACAAUAUCCGAUGUGGUGAGCCGGAAGCUCGGGACACACUACCAAAUCAUUAAACAUAAACUGUACCGUGAGCAGGAUUGUUUGUUCCCUGCAAGAUGCAGUGGAGUUGAGCACUUCAUUCUAGGGAUCAUCAACCACCUCCCUGACAUGGAAAUGGUGAUCAACGUGCGAGACUACCCCCAGGUUCCCAAGUGGAUGAAACCCAUUAUCCCAGUCUUCUCCUUCAGUAAGACAUCUGAAUACAAUGAUAUCAUGUAUCCUGCCUGGACAUUUUGGGAAGGAGGACCAGCUGUUUGGCCGAUUUACCCAACAGGUUUAGGGCGCUGGGACCUCAUGAGAGAGGACCUCAGGAGAUCUGCAGAAAAAUGGCCAUGGAAGAAAAAAAUCUCUAAAGGAUAUUUCCGAGGAUCCAGAACGAGCCCUGAGAGAGAUCCCCUCAUCCUGCUGUCCCGAGAAGACCCAGAACUGGUUGACGCUGAGUACACUAAAAACCAGGCUUGGAAAUCUGAAAAGGACACCUUAGGAAAACCUCCUGCAAAGGAAAUUCCACUGGUUGAUCACUGCAAAUACAAGUACCUGUUUAAUUUCCGUGGAGUGGCUGCCAGUUUCCGGCUGAAACACCUUUUCUUAUGUGGUUCACUUGUCUUUCAUGUUGGAGAAGAGUGGCUGGAGUUCUUCUACCCACAGUUGAAGCCUUGGGUCCACUACAUCCCAGUUCGAUCAGACCUCUCCAAUGUCAGGGAGCUGCUGCAGUUUGUAAAGGAAAAUGAUGCAAUAGCACAAGAAAUUUCAGAGAGGGGACGUAAGUUCAUCACCGAGCACUUGCAGAUGGAGGAUGUUUCUUGCUACUGGGAACAUCUCCUGUCUGAAUAUUCCCAAGCCUUGACUUACAAAGUGAAAAGGAGGAAGAACUACAGUGAGAUCACUUCUGAAUGGCUGAAAACAGAACUGUAGACUUCUCUGUUUUUUUCUUCAGCUCAAACUGAUCUCUGUGGAAAUCUGAAAAUCAGUGUUAACUUCUUUCUUGCUCUCUCAGACUUUUAUACUAGAACUAUGGGGAACAGCAGUAGGCAGACUGUGACAUUGCUCCCAGGCAGUGGGACCUGGCUCUACUGUCUCCAUAAGGAUGUUAAAUAGAACAUUGGAUCAUGGCCAUUUAAUGGGGUGGUUAGUUAUGCCCAGAGGAGGGUUGU